AUGAUUGCUUCUUUGGCGGUUUACAUGCCAAAGUUAACGCAUUGUCGGAUUGUUUUCGUUUUCUUCUCGGAUAAGCCAUUUUCCGUUCGGGCGUUCCUUUACUUAAUCAUGUCAGAUGGCGUUGUGCAACGGAGGAGGAAGAUACAAGAGGAGCCAACAGCCGACCGCAGUGAUGAGAAUGCUGACUCAGCCGCAUCGUCAGAGCAGGAGGACAACGACAAAGCCACACGCUUGACAUUGAUGGAACAAAUCCUUUUGUUAGGACUAAAGGAUAGAGAGGGUUACACAUCAUUUUGGAAUGAUUGCAUCUCGUCCGGUCUACGUGGGUGUGUCUUAAUUGAGUUAGCCAUACGUGGUCGAAUCCAGCUAGAAAGCAGCGGAAUGCGCAAAAAGUCGCUUUUGACAAGAAAAGUAACAGUGAAGAACAGCGAAGCAACUGGUGAUGUCAUCCUCGACGAAGCUCUAAGACACAUGAAGGAGACAAAUCCUCCUGAAACAGUCACCAGCUGGAUCGAGUAUCUCAGUGGAGAGACAUGGAAUCCUCUCAAGUUACGGUAUCAACUGCGCAAUGUUCGAGAAAGGCUAGCGAAAAAUCUGGUGGAGAAAGGGGUCCUCACUACGGACAAGCAGAACUUCCUUCUGUUUGAGAUCACAACACAUCCUCUUUCUGAUGGAAACCAAAAGACUAAGCUGAUUAAAGAAGUUCAAGACGCUGUCCUAAGCAAGUGGACGAAUGACGUCCAUCGAAUGGACAGGAAAAUGCUUUCGCUUAUUAUACUUGCUCACGCUUCCGAUGUUCUUGAAAAUGCAUUUGCACCACUAAGUGAUCAAGACUACGAGGUCGCUAUGAAGAGGGUUCGAUCUCUCCUUGAACUGGAAUAUGACGUUCAGGCCGAGAAAAAAGGCAACGAUUCACGUAAGGCGUUUGUUUCUCAUAUCCUUGUUUCCAUGUGCGAGUCAGAAUCACCCGUUGCAGUAUUCCAUGUAUUGACAUCGCCGCUGCCGUGUUGGAUAGAUUGUAUUGUCUACUUGUUAGCUGACGCUUAUGGGUUUAAGGGAACAUUAUUUAUUGCAACUUGUUCGGGUAGUGAUUGUGUGUGA